GCAGAAAUGCCACUUUUAUUUAUUAUUAUAUUGUUUUCAUUUGGCAGGGAAGAAAGGGAAGGAGGGAGUUUAUCAAUUUUAUAUAACAAAUAUAUUUUUUUAUACUUUCAUCUUUAUUUAUUUAUAUUUCAAUAAGUUGAUCCUCAAUCUUGCAUAAAAUAACUAAAAGUAUACUUUGACAUAAAUUUAAUUUCCGUAAUUAAUAAAUUAUAAUAUUUGAGAUUAAAAUUAAAUAAAUAAGUAUUUCUAUGAUUAAUUCUAUUUUACGCUCUAUAUAUACAUGGAUCAGAGAGAGAAUUUAGCAGCAAUGGAGAAGGGUAAGUGCAGGGUAUGCGUUACAGGAGCCGCUGGUUUCAUUGCCUCUUCACUGGUCAAGAAGCUACUGGAGAAAGGAUAUACCGUCCACGCUACCCUCAGAAAUUUGGGCGAUGCUUCAAAGGUUCAACUCCUUAAGAGCUUUCCUCAUGCGGACACAGAAUUAGUUUUGUUUGAAGCUGAUAUAAACAGGCCAAAUGAGUUUGAGCAAGCUAUUCAUGGCUGUACGUUCGUUUUCCAUGUUGCGACUCCCUUGCAACCCUCUGAUGCUUCUCAGUUUAAAAACACGAGUGAGGCUGCAGUUUCUGCAAUAAAAAGUAUUGCAGAGUGUUGUAUAAAAUCAGAUAGUGUGAAACGAUUAAUCUACACAGCCUCUGUUUGUGCUGCAUCGCCAUUGAAAAACGAUGGGAGUGGUUACAAGGACUCCAUAGAUGAAACCUGUUGGACGGCCCUUAAUCUUUCACUUGCUUCCUCUAAUGGCUUCUUUAAGGAUUACACAGUAUCAAAGACAUUGGCAGAGAAAGAAGUUUUGGGGUAUGGGAGCAGUGAAAAAGAUGGUGGAAUGAAGGUGGUAACCCUAGCUUGUGGCAUUGUUGGAGGAGAUACUGUUUUAUCUUAUACACCUGGAAGUGUGGCUGCUUUCAUUUCGCAAGUUACACAUAACGCGCGUUCAUACCAAAGUGUGAAAUACGCGGAAGAACUGCUGGGGAAACUUCCGAUUGUACACGUAAAUGAUGUUUGUGAAGCUCAUAUUUUCUGCAUGGAGAAGCCUUCCAUCAGCGGUAGAUUUUUAAUUGCCAGCGCUUUUGUUUCGGCAGCACAACUUGCUGGUUGCUAUCAACUGCAUUACCCAGAAUUUAAUGUUAAAGCAGAGAAAUUGGAUGAAGCAAAAGAAGAUACCAAGUGGGGGUCUACCAAGCUAAUUGAAAAGGGCUUUGAAUAUAAAUGUGAUUUGAAGAUGAUAAUAGAUGAUUCCAUCAGGUGUGCAAGGAGGACUGGUGAUCUUCAGCAGUAAUAAUUGGUGUCGAGAGUGGUUGUCUGUUUUAUGAAAUUUAAGCUACACUUCAUGAGCUUUAAUUGGAUUUGGACCUUUAUUCCAAGCCCUCUCGAUUGUACACUCUGUUUUUUUGGGCUUAAAAUCCUUGCAGUUCAAUUUGUGUUUCGGUUGGCCCAAAUUAGCCUUAUUUUGCUUGUUCUACUUCCACACAUCCAAAUCACAAUCCUUAAACAA